AUGGAGCUCCUAGCUUUAAACUCUAGACUACCACAAAAAGCCUCAAAGGGCUGGAGCAAGUCUGACAGGUCUAUGGCAGUCAUGCUGAUCCUCCUACAUCUGCUCUACUUGAUAGCAGCCGAUCUGCAGCUGGACGCGACAGCAUUUCCACUGCUAUCUCUGUGCCUGGCGCCCUUCGCAGUGAACCCACUUGCCAUGGCACCAGCAUCCUCACCGGUGAGGUUCCUUCCGGCAGAGGGCGCCCUCUGCUGCACCCUCGCCCUAUUCUUCGGCAGCCGUGUCCCGCCUCUGCUUGCUUUUGUGGUGUCUGCCGCUCAUGUCGGUCUCUGGUUCUGGGCUGCUUGCUCUGAUGCGCAGCCGCUUGCACUGUUACUUCCGCCGUCUCUUAUGGCGCCCUGCCUUUGGGUGCUGGCCUGGUACGUAGGACAGUCCCUGAAGCUGGGUGAGGUAGGGCUCCGAGACCUACGGAGUUUGGCGGAGCCCGACAAAGCAAAGGGCAGCUGA